AAGGACCCGUCCUACCAGAAGGUCUGGCGCAUGAUUCAGAUGCUCAAGAGCGAGCGUACACCGGCCAUAAUGACGUCUGCCGCCUCCCUGCGCCAGGUGGUGCGCGGCGAGGCUGUGCUUAUUUCCAGCCCAGCCUCCCUAGCCGUUGCUGCCAAAUGUGCAUGCGCUAACUACACAAGCGGCGAGUUCUAUAUUGGCAGAAAGCCCAUGUUUACGUUUAACUCUGUGUUCUACCUGAAUAAGAGGAUGCCACAGCCAAUGCAACGAGCUAUCAACGACAGGAUCGUGUGGCUUCGUGAAGGCGGUCUCAUUGCCAAGUGGUGGGCGGAAGCUUCGGGCAACUGGGAAGGCUGUGGCCAAGCGGUCAGCGACGAAACUCUUUCCUUCUCCGACCUCAAAGACCUGCUCAAGUUCUGGCUCCUUUUGCUUGCCGGAUGCACCUGUGUGUUUAUCGCCGAGAUUCUCUGCUGCAUGAGCUCUUGCCAAUUUUUUCUGCUCCGUUUAAGAUUUACUCUUCUUUUCACGUAAGAGGAAGAGGGAACCCUCCCCUGAAUAUACUGCAUUCGCAGGCCCCUGUCGGUGACCAGUGAAAGUUUGGGUAUUCCCUUGUUGUUUUUAUUUUUCCCUGUAAACGCUCGUCAAAGCCAGAGGCCAGAUUCACGAAACGAUCUUGCGAACUAAAAUGCACGUACAACGAAAUCUAAAAACAAAUGCUCAUGCACGAAACGAAGUGAUCUUGAGGUGUGCGGAGGUUACGAUGUGCACACUUCAUGAACUCCUUAGCCUAGUUCUCGUAGCUUAAGCUCGUUUGUUCGAAUCUGACCUUAGGUUUCGUGGGUAUCUUUACGGAGGUCCCUCUAAUAGUAAUCACCGCCCGAUCGGUAUGCGC